AUGUUGACUGAAACUAAAUAUUUGAUAUUGAUUGUAGCACUGACUUUGAUUGCUCGUUUCGCACGAUCAACUGACAAAAAUAUAGAUGACUGCAAACAUAAUAGCGAUACUUGUGAUCCAUAUUUGGCACAACCAUGCUGUGAAAAAAGCGACGUAUGUCAACGGGGAAUAACAAAGAUAACAUUUUAUUGCAUGGAAGCAGAUAUAUUAGGUAGGUCUUGUGAAAUCGAUCUUGAUUGUUACAAAAUAAGCAACGCCAUAUGUUCAAAAAAUAAAUGCGUUUGUAAAUCAAAUUAUGUUCCACAUGAGAACGAUACUACAUGUUUGCCUUUAUUGGGAGCGAACUGUGAGUCAUAUGAAAAGUGUGUUCCUCAUAAUUCUAUUUGUGAGGAUGGUCAAUACUUUUUGGGACAAUCAUGUCAAAAUGAUGAAGAUUGCCGGAGAAUAAUGUAUGCUGAAUGUUCUGGAGAUAAUAAAUGUUCUUGUCGAUUCGAAUACGUUGAAAAAGAUCAGUCAACAUGUCGACCUCUUUUACAUUCAUUUUGUGAGACAAGUGAAGAAUGUCUUACUAAUAAUUCCGCUUGUAUCGAUAAUCAUUGCCAAUGCAAGGGUGACUUCGCACCGCAAUCUUAUGAUCGCUGUUCACCAACUUAUUUCGAUUCAAAAGUUCAUGUGAAUGGUAAAGUAUUUUGUCCACGGAACCACAUUGCAUUGAACGAAACGAUUUGUGCACCACUUUUGAAUGGACUCUGUAUGACAAGUGAAUUUUGUGUGGUAGAAAAUUCUGCUUGUAUUAAUUCUAAAUGUCAAUGUAAACCUAAAUAUGUGGCACGAAUUGAUAAUAAUUGCUUACCAACAUAUUUGCAAGGAUCAUGCAAUCAUGAUUUUGAUUGUUAUAAAAUAUGGGCGGCUGAAUGUUUGAAUAAUAAGUGUGUCUGUAAAAACAAUUACAUUUCUCUUAAUGAAACAACUUGUUCUGUACCUAUCGGUGGAAUGUGUACCACAAAUAAAGUAUGCAGAGUCGAAAAUUCGAUUUGUAUUGAUAACAAAUGUCAAUGCAGUCCUUACUAUGACUCUGUGUCUAAUAAUGAAUGUAAACCAGUAAAUUAUAAAUACUGUGUGACAAAUGAUGACUGUAUGGAUAAACCACAUAAAGAAUGCGCACAAAAUAAAGAAUGUGUUUGUAAAACUAAUUACAUCAUGAUUAACGAAUCAUCGGUUGUUUAUUGUAAUGAACUUAUUGAUUGUGGAGACCCAUGGCAUGCAAAAUGUUCGAUUAAUCACAAUUGUUUGUGUAACUCAAAUACUACACAAUAUAAUAGAGCAACAUGUUUACCAUUGAUAGGUGGCGCUUGUUGGAAAGAUGGUCAAUGCAUAGUUGCAAAUUCUUCAUGUAUUGAUUAUCAUUGCCAAUGUAACUCCCCAAAUUAUGUAUAUGCCGCCAAUAAUAUUUGUGCGCCUAGUCAGUAUGAUCAUUAA